UAAGGGCAGCGCCUCCACGCGCCUGUGCGUGAAAUGCGAAACGCUUCCUUCCGGAAGGGGUACGCAUGCGUAGUGGAUCGAAACGGGACACAGGUGGCGAGGAAACAUGGCGGAGCCUGAACCACCAAAGAAGAUUCCCCGGGUGCCAGAAAAUCUACUGAAAAAAAGAAAGGCAUAUCAAGCAAUCAAAGCCACCCAAGCAAAGCAGGCGCUGCUGGACAAAAGAAAGCAUCAGAAAGGAAAACAAAUCAGAUUCAAACGUCUUGAGACAUUUUUGCGGGAUUCUCAUCGGAAACACAGAGAUGAUGUCCGUCUGAGGCGCAUGGAACAUAAGCCCCGGUUGCUGCUAAUGCCUGAGGGACACAAACUGGCUUUCGCAGUACGGAUUGCAGAAAUUAAAGGUGUGAGCCUACGCGUGCGGCAUGUCAUACAUAGGCUACGGUUGAGAAAGAUUUACAGUGGCACGUUUGUUAAAUUGUCGCCAACAUCUCUGAAAAUGCUGCGAACUGUGGAGCCUUAUGUGGCAUGGGGUUAUCCGAACCUGAAAUCUAUUCGAGAGUUGAUCCUGAAACGAGGCCAUGCAAAGGUCAAUAAGAAAAAGCUUGCUUUGACAGACAACAUUCUGAUAGAGGAACAUUUGGGAAACUCUGGUAUUAUUUGUUUGGAAGAUCUUAUUCAUGAAAUUUACUCAGCUGGGAAACAUUUUCAUGAAGUCAACAACUUCUUGUGGCCAUUCCACCUGUCAGUAGCUCGCCACGCCGCCCGCAAUAAAGCGGGGUUCCACAAAGAGAUUGGCGAUACUGGAUUUCGAGGUAGUGGAAUCAACAAACUCAUUCGUCAUUUGAACUAGGCUCAGGUUAUGAACGCUAUUAAGGAUGUUCUGGAAGAUAUUUAUUUGUACUCCAUGAUGUACAUUGGGUCUUCAGAGACUCCCGAGUCUGCAACAUGACAUGACUUCUGUUCCUUUCUCUCUGUGUGAUGGUGAAACUACACUUCCAUAUUUGAGUUGAAAGAGAUCCAAGAUGUGAUUUAAAUGUUAUCCUGCGCAUAGAAUAGAA